AUGUCAAAACAACCAAGAAUGUCUACUCAACAAGAAAUGGAAUUAAAUGAUUACAUGAGGGAAGAGAAUGAUUUUUUUAUUGACAAUGAAAAGAAGAGACAAGAAAAAAUCAUAAAAAAACAAGACGAACAAUUAGAUAAGUUAAGCGAGAACAUUAAUACAGUCCAUGAAGUUAGUUUAAUUAUUAACGACGAAAUUUCUCAACAAGACCAAAUCAUUAAUGAGGUUUCUGAUAAAGUUGAUCAUACUGACUCAAGAAUUGUUUCAACAAGAAAAAAAAUUGACCAGGUCAUAGAAAAGAGUAGUAAUUGGAAAAUAGGACUUGUUAUUGGUGUCUUAAUAGUUGUUCUCAUUAUUAUUAUUAUUCUUAUUUUCAUCUUAUAA